AUGGUGAGGAAACACGGCAAGGCCACUGGCUCACCAUGGGGGCUGGAUCUGGACCUCAUCUUGGUGGCCCUGCUGGACUCUUUCAAGCAGUUUCUGUCCUUCACCCCAGAUAUCCAGUUUUGGAACAGCCGCCAAUCCCUGGAGGGCCUCUCGGUCCGCUCGGUGUUUUUCGGCGUCUUCCAAUCCCUCGUCGUCCUCCUUUACAUCUUGGACAACGAAACCAACUUCGUGGUGCAGGUCAGCGUCUUCAUCGGGCUCCUCAUCGACCUCUGGAAGAUCACAAAGGUUAUGGAUGUGCGGCUGGACCGCGACAACAAGGUGGCGGGGGUCUUCCCCCGCGUCACCUUCAAGGACAAAUCCACCUACGUCGAGUCCUCCACCAAAAUCUACGAUGACAUGGCUUUUCGAUACCUUUCGUGGAUUCUCUUCCCCUUGCUGGGUUGUUACGCCGUCUACAGCCUCCUCUACCUGGAGCACAAGGGUUGGUACUCGUGGGUGCUGAGCAUGCUCUACGGCUUCCUCCUCACUUUCGGUUUCAUCACCAUGACCCCCCAACUCUUCAUCAACUACAAGUUGAAGUCGGUCGCCCACUUGCCCUGGAGGAUGUUGACCUACAAAGCCCUCAACACCUUCAUCGACGACCUCUUCGCCUUCGUCAUCAAGAUGCCCAUGAUGUACAGGAUAGGCUGCCUGCGGGACG